AUGAUUUGCAACUCAGAAAGAACUUUAGCCAAGAUGAAGGAAAAGCUCAAAGAAGCUAUAGUUGGUGCGCAGUCUACUAAUGGCCAAGUAAGAGAAAAUUCUGAGAAUGCUUUAUGGAGCCUGUGCUCGGAAAAUCCCAGUGCAACCUGUACAUCUCUAAUGCAGCUAGCUUGCGGUAUUGAAAAUGCGGUAGAAGACCGAAUCUUUAGCCUGUUGUCCUUAAGGAAACUAAUCACUAUGUAUUGGAGUGCAGGGUUUGAAUCUUAUAGAGGUCCGCCGGGUAUUGGAGACGAAGGGAAACGAAUGAUUAGAGAAUCAUUAUUGAAUUUGGGCCUCGACGACAGCCAGGAUACGAGACUGAAAAACUGCUCUUCUUAUUGCAUUGUCCAAAUUGCCGCAGUUGAUUUUCCUGAUGAGUGGCCUACCCUUGUCGAUUCAAUCUUUGACGCGAUACUGCAGCGCCAAUCUCUUAGUGCCCUAUAUGUGCUCAAUGAAAUUUUUGAUGAUGUAGUAUCAGAGGAGAUGUUUUUCCAUCGCGGUAUUGGAUGGCAGACGAUACAGCUCAUUUUCAGGAUUUUGAGCAACUCAGAUAGUUCCACACAGGCCAAAACAGCUUCUGCUAAACUCUAUCAAGCGUGUCUUUUACAAUUACAAUCCCCGAUGGCAACUUCAACGCAGGACUACAAAUACGCGCUCUCUAACCAUAUCCAAGAAUCAGUUCUCUUACUCAUAAAGGUAUUAAAAGAACAUCACAUCGCCAAAGGGAUCAACACAAGUGCUCUCAAUCUCCAACAAGUUUUACUAAGCUGUCUUAAUACCAUCAAAACUGGGUUUUCAAAGAAGCUUUUUACUAUAGAAUCGGCACAGGAACUCAUAGAAUUUUUGUUCGAGAAUUUCAGGAAAAUCGCAGAACUUUGUAUCGAUGUAACGAUUGACCCUGAUAUGAAGCUUGCUGCUAACGAAGUUGGGAUCCAGAUGGUUUCCCUUUUUGCGACUUUAAUGGAUACUUUGACAGAGAAUCAAAAUUGGAACUUUAUAGUGGAGAGCUUUGUGAUUGCUGGAAUGAUAAGCGACGAGGACGCAGAGUGCUGGGAUAAUGACUUUAAUGUUUUCGCGAGCAAGGAAACCGGCCUCUCAACAUCUUUCACUGUCAGAGACGAAUGUGAACAGUUUAUGCAGGGACUCUCUGGCUUCGCAUAUAAUUCAGUUUUCAAUGCCCUCACUUCAGCCCUAAUCUACAACGAAUCCCCCAAUUGGAAGGUUCAGGAGUCGAUACUGUUUUUUAUCCAGGCUCUCUGCGGAAAUGAAGAUGAUGAAGUCUCUUUUAAUUUUGAGAAAACUCAAUCUUUGCUUAACACACUGCGACAGAUACUGGAGCUGGAAGACUCGCAUAUACUCGUCAAGACAAGGAGUUUGAUUGCCUUGCCAAAGGUUAUAGAAAGGUUUAUGGAGACUUUGGAAAGCGUCAAAGCACUAGUGAAGGAUUCUUUAUUUCACUCUUUUUCAUUGGCUCGUCAGACACCUAGUUAUACAGUCAAGAUAGGCUGCUUAAUAUCUUUUACUUACUACGCAAGUUUUGCGGAAUUGGAUUCGGUCUUGGGUCCUGGAUUUUAUGGGGAAGCCCAGAGAUCUGUGUCCGCCAUUAUUCAAGAACUCCUGGAGGAAGCUGAAGAAGAUACACCCAGCAUUUUGUUAGAGGCCUUAGCGCCCACUCUAUCUUCAAACCACAAAACUACAGAAACAAUCUCGUUUUAUCAGCUGGCGUUACAACUGAUACUUAAAAUUUCCUCCAAACAUCCUUCCAACAUUCAAGUUGGUUUAGAAGCUCAAGAUUGUUUGUCUAAUCUUCUCAAGAGUACUAGCACGGAGGAAUAUGUCACAUACUCAAAGACUUGCAUUCCGUUAUUCGCAAAUGUUCUCAACGGUAUGAUAGAGAACAAGUUUGCUUAUGCCCCGAUAGUUUGCCUUUCCCUAGAAAUGCUUACAGUCUUUAUAAAAAGAAAACCAAGGGAUGGCUGCUUGCCCAGCGAUAUCACAUCAUAUGUCUUCAAUCCUUUAUCUGACAUUCUUAUCAACUCCUCUGAUGAUGAGAUAAUGCAGCUUACAUCUGAUGCCCUAGUGUAUCUUAUAAGCAAUUCUGAGCCACACCAACUUUUUCCUCACCUUAACGUGGUUCUAUGCGACCUGGAAAAACUUCUUUCGGCUGAAACUUCUGACUCAGGUGCAAUACAUGUUGGAAACCUUGUUGUUGUCGUAUUAGAAAAGUUUUCAAAGCAGCUUCAGGAAAUCUAUCCCAGAAUACUUGAAGCUGCCACCAAAAAAUUUCUUGGCGCGCAUAAUGUGUUUACAACAGAAAACUUGGCUAAUGUGUUUUGCUAUCUGGUGUCCCUCAACCCUGCUGAAGUAAUAAAUUUCUUAUCUUCUUUCUCGAUUGAUCAACAAGAACAAAGUGUACUUUGCCCCGUGCUGUCCAAGUGGCUAGAGUCAUUUGAAGUUCUUCGAGGUGAAAAACGUAUAAAAGAAAAUAUUAUGGCUCUCUCGAAGCUAUUUUUCCAAGCCGACAGCAGAAUUGAUAAAAUUUACGUGAAUGGAGAUCCUAUUCCAUACUCUGGGGAUAUGAUUAUAACAAGAUCGAUGGCAAAAAGCAUGCCUGAGAAAUACACGAGGAUUACAGCAUACCAAAAGAUUGUUAAGCUGUUUGUUGCCGAACUUGACUUUCAAACGUCUCAAACAGACCUUGAAAAGUACAUACCUAUGAGCGCUAAAAAGACUGAAUGCUCCACAAUAGCAAACGCUGAAGCUGGUCAAGAAGAGAGUGACUGGGAGGAUGUUGAUGAUGUUCUAGAAUACGAGCAGCUUCAACACUUUGUAGACCAGGAUACUUUUUCCAGUGACCGAGACGAAGAGGAUGUUAUCCCUGGAAUUAAAAACGUUCAACAAAGCACUCGCGAACUUUUAAUUAGCUUCUUCAAAGAAGCUGCCUCUCAGAAUAUAAAUGACUUCAAGACAAUCUAUGAUAAUUUGUCUGAAAAUGAGAAAAGGAUUUUAUCAGAGAAUCUUGUUUGA